AGCAGAGGUAAGUAGCAUUUCAUUUGCUAGUUCUUCUUCAAACGUCAGCUCCCAAUGUUUAGGUUUCUCUGCAAAAGCUUGGGGUUAGGAUGCUCCAUUAGACCUAGUUCAUCAGUUCAUCAAGAAUUACACUAUUUUCUUGAAAACCCUUCAAUAUUAUCAUGCCUCAGAAACAUUUCAUCUGUGAAUUCAGAUGAUGUAAAAGAACACUCCUUUACAGUAUCAUACCUUAUGAACAUUUGUGGGUUCUCUCUAAAACCUGCUUUAGAAGUUUCUAAACAGGUUCAUUUUGAAACCCCAGGUAAUGCUGAUUCUGUUCUUGAGAUUUUCAAGAACCAUGGCUUCUCAAAGGCCCAUAUUUUGAACCUUGUGAGGAGAUGGCCUAGAGUGCUUUUGUGUAAACCUCACAGAACACUCUUGCCCAAGCUUGGAUUUUUCCAUUCUAAAGGGUUUUCAAGCCCUGAUGUUGUCAAAAUUAUAUCAACCUAUCCGUGGAUUUUGAGAAUUAGCUUUGAAAACAAGUUAGUCCCUGCUUUUGAUUUCUUUGAAAAUUUGCUCCAAUCUGAUGCCAUGGCUAUCAAAGCAGUCAAACUUGACCCGCGCCUUCUAGAUGCUGGUCUUGAAAAGGCCGCACGUAUUGUUGAUAUUUUGUUAGAAAAUGGAGUCCCUAUGAAGAAUAUUGCUCUAUCAGUUCGGAUAAAGCCUGGUAUUAUGCUUUCGAAUCUGGAGAAUUUCAAAAGGCUUGUUCGGAAAGCAAGUCUAAUGGGAUUUCAUCCUUCCAAGAGUCAAUUUGUUGUAGCAAUUGUGUUGCUGAGGUCCAUGACCGCAUCCACAUGGGAAAAAAAGCUUGAUGUGUAUAGGAGAUGGGGUUUGUCUCAAGAAGAAAUUCUUGCAGCAUUUGUAAAGAAUCCUUGGUUUAUGAGCUUAUCUGAAGAGAAGAUCACGGCAGUGAUGGAUCUUUUUGUCAACCAAUUGGGUUGGGAGUCUUCCUAUCUUGCCAAAAACCCAACUAUACCAUCGUAUAGCCUGGACAAAAGGCUUGUUCCAAGGGCUUUGUUAUUGCAAUUUCUAGUUUCUAAAGGCUUGGUUGAGAAGAGUUUCAGAAGCACUGCGUUCUUCUACACACCUGAAAAUAAGUUCCGGCAGAUGUUCAUAAAUCACCAUUCUGAAUCUACCCAGAUAUUGAAAUUUUACAAUGAAAAACUGAAUCUUUCAUCAGUUGUAAACUCUUCUACAUUUUAAAUCACAAUGGCUCUGCAUUUUCAUUUGUUUUUUUA